GUUUAUUCUAUUUUUUCAAAGAGUAUCCAUUGAAGUCUGACAUUGUUGAGAAAUGGAGUGAUGUGGAAGGGUUAUGGAACUAUGUUCUCAGUAGUUUGAUGUGUAUCCAAGACAAUCCUGACUUUCCUGUGCUCAUCUCACAACCUGCUCUUAACCCAAAGAAACACACAGAAAAAAUCGCUGAAGUAAGUUCAUCUGGUGUAAAGCCAGAAAAAAGAUUUUUCUUCCUGCCAGCAAAAUCCAAAAAUAAAAAUUUCUUAUAUAAACCAAAUUACACUGAUCUUCUUCUAGAUCAUGUUUGAACAUUUCCACAUGCCUUCUUUAUUCAUUGGUGACCAACUUGCGCUCUCAUUGUUCUCGAUGGGCUACACCUCCGGCCUUUCAUUCUCCUCUGGCUUCAAGAAUACCCAGGCCGGUGUGGUCUACGAGGGACAUGUGUUGCCACAUACUGUGAAACAGUUGGAUAUUGCUGGAUACCAGUUGACAGAAAACUUGAAGAAACUACUCAUGUCCCUGCAAGGCUUUGGAUUCCGCAGUUCCUCACAAUGGCAGAUUGUUGAUGAUAUUAAAAAGAAGCUUGGAUUUUUUUCAUUAGGUAAGUUUGCAACACAAAAUCUUUGUUAGUUUUUAGUGAUGUUUCAAUGAUUAAUACUAGAGACUGGAUUUGCUAAGAGCCUGAGAUGUUCCAACCAUCUCACGCAUAACACAAAUAAUCUCAGUCUUCUAUUUUGAAACUUGUUUUUAACGUUUAACGGGAUUUAUGCAGUUUAGGAUCAAUUUUAUUUCGUUAUGUUGUAGAUUUUUCAGCUGAUUCAACACGGUACAAAACUCAAGCUGAUUUACAGACAACUUAUGAACUUCCAGAUGGUCAGGUUAUUGAGGUUGGUUUAGAAAGGUUUGGUUGUGCUGAGUCAUUGUUUAGACCAUCGGAAGUUGGUCUCACUCAGUCACCUGCGCAUAUGUUGAUUAUUGAAGCAAUAAACAGGUAAGAAAUAUAUCUUAUUGAAUAGUUUUGCAAUAUACCUACCUGGUACCUGCUUACAUACUUAGCCAUUUACCUACCUACAGUACUUAUAGAAAGUUUACCUUUAACGUAAUCUGUUAAUCUAACUUAUAUAUCUUCCUUCUUUCAUUUUCUAGUUGCGAGGAAGAACUUCAAGAAUUAUGCUACAAAGCCAUGGGUGUUUCUGGAGGUACCACGCAAAUGACUGGAUUCAUAGCCAGACUAGAACAAGAGCUUCGAGUUCACGACAGAAAAUUCAAGAAUCUAACCGCUCCAGAACACAGAGAUAUUGCGACGUGGCUUGGUGGUUCUGUGGUCGCAUCUCUCCCCACAUUCAGAGAAAUGGUCGUUACAGUUGAUGAGUAUGCCGAGUCCGGAGCGCGAGUUGUACAUUCAAAAUGUUUUUAGGGAAACCAACAUCGCAUAUACACUCGUAAAAAUUUUACAGCUUUUCAACAACAUGUGUUCGCACUGUUUGUUCCAAGUUCAACACAAGUAGUUGUUGUCAUCUUGUAACAAGGUUGAUGAGGCCAACAGACUCGCAACAAGUUGUUCCAACAAGUCUGUUAUCGUCUGCACGUAACAAGUUGUUAACAAGUUGAUGACAACAAGCUCGUAGCAACUUGUUAGGAACAGCCUUAUUCUUGUUGGAACAUCUUGUGACAAGUCUGUUACCGUCAUCAACUUUGUAUAACAAGUUGAUAACAACUUGUUCCAGACUUGUCACAACAACUGGGAACAAGCAGUGCGAACACAUCCUGAUAUCGGUUUUGACAACUGUUAUCGGUGACAACAUCCUGUAACAACUGUUCCACAAAGAAAAGCUAUCAGUUUCAUUGUCGAGAAAUUUAAUCGUUAUGUUCAUUUAAAUUAAAUUAAUGUAAAUGAAAUAUAUGUAAAACUUUAGUAACUUAAGAUAUAGCUUGACAAUUUCUUUUAUCAACGAUUUUCACAUGAUCAAAGUUUGACCUCGAGUUUGACAAGGAAAAUUUUAAAGUAAAUGAAAAUAGGCAACUUGUGCCACCGUCAUUGAUUAAAUACUAUUGUUGCGAUACCAAAUACUGUCCCAUGAUAGUUUGGUUAUCAAAGAAACUUCCACACUUUAAAAUUACCGUUGUUAGAUCUUGGUUAUUGUAUUACCACAGUAUUUUAAUUUCAUAUUAUACCUAUAAAUCGACUAUUAAUUACAUGAUGUUCGUAAGUCGUAACACUGCAAUAUAAAUUCCAUCUUUUUGUUCUUAUACGAAAUAAAUAUUUGAAACAUGAAAGCAAAAAAUGACACGAGAAAAUGUAAAUAAGAAAUACAUAAUGUAAAAUGUCCGCAAAAUUGUAAUUACACAAAUAUAGAGAUACUUUAACCUAGUAUGUGUUACUAUUAAUUGCUUAUAUUUGCCGCAUACAAAAGUCUAUUGCGAUUAUAUCAUCCUUUGAAUAACCCCUGCAGUUGAAACUUCUAGUAAGAGUCUAGAGAGAACGAACUAUGAAGAAACUAUUUAUGAAAAGUAUAUUGUUGAUGUAACUUUCGAC